AUGAGACGACGUGUCUCCGUGUCAGGAUAUGUCAUCCAGGAGCUCAACCCCAAAUCUCCAGCUCAUGCUUCUCCUGGGACAAGAAUUGGCGGGGUUCUGCUGCCAUUCGCCUCUCUCCCAGCUCCCCGUCCCAAGCCCAAGUCCGAGACCCGGCCCCUCGCAUAUCCUCACCAGUGUCAGAGGUUCGGGUUGCCAGUCCAUCGGCUCUGGCUGCCCCUCAUGCGCAUCUACAUCCUCAGCCCAGUCAUCGAUAGUCCACCGUGCCUGCUGGACGAGCCUGUUCAGAUCGUGUUUCAACUGAAGGUUUCGCCGGUGGAUGCGUGCUCGUUCGCCGUCAAAUUUGGCGUGGGCGUGGAGAUCGAUUGGGGAACGUUUCGGCCGGGUCUCUCGCGGGUGGCCACCACGACUGUGUUUCCCCUCGCGGCCGCCGCGGCGUUCUUGUCGUUGCUCGUGGCCUCGCCGGGGUCUCGCGUCGGGCAAGGACUCUUGCGAUGGUUGGUCUGA